CUUGUAAUAUAUUUCUUAAAGCAACAAUGUUAUUAAGUGGAACAUUAAAGUAACGCACAUAAUUUUUUUUUCUAACGAACUUUGAUCUAAUUAUCUAGUCACAGAUAUUGCUAAUAAAUUUUCUUUUUACUUGAAGAAAUGCAUUAUCCCAGAUAAAACUUGGAUAGUUUAUUAGUCAGGAAUAAUCAUUCAGACUGCAAACAUCAUCAUGAAUUGUUUAAUAGGGGAUACGGAACGACUUAUUACCAAUGAUAUGUUAUUAUGCACUGCACCAAGUCCUUCGUCUAUUCCUAAUGCUGAAAAUGCUCGAUCAGGAACCAGCAUAUUAAGUACAAUUUUUCUAAUUGUGAAUGCCACCUUAGGAGCUGGUCUUUUAAAUUUCCCACAAGCCUUUGAUAGAGCUGGAGGAUUGGUCAGUUCUAUUAACGUGCAACUUGUUGCGCUCAUCUUUAUUACUGCUACACUUGUCAUUCUAGCCAAUUGCAGUGACAUUACAAAUACCUGCACUAUGCAAGAUAUGUUUGCUAAUUUUUAUGGACAAAAGUCAUUGUUUCUAUGUGCACUUUGUAUUGUGAUAUAUAGUUUUGGAUGUUGCUUAACAUUUUUAAUAAUCAUUGGUGACCAGUUUGAUAGAAUUCUGGCAACAUACUAUGGACUUGAUUAUUGUUAUACAUGGUAUAUGUCCAGAACAUUUGUCACAACUGUGACGUGUAGUUUAUUUAUACUGCCUUUAUGCUUUUUUAAAGGAUUGAAUGUUCUAAGCUAUGCUAGUUCUAUUGGUUGCAUAACUAUUUUAUAUGUAAUAGCAUUAAUAGUCUAUAAAUAUUUUACAAAUACUGUGUAUCCCAUUAAUUCUAUGAAAAUAUGGCCAGACAACGAAUAUGAGGCAUUUCAAAUAAUUCCAAUAAUUUGUUUCGCAUACCAGAGUCAUAUGACAGCAAUACCAAUGUAUGCUUGUAUGAAAGAACGCAAUCUUAAAAAAUUUACAUUAUGUGCUAUAGUAAGCAUGAUUAUUUGUUUUACUGCUUACACAGUGGUUGGUAUUUUUGGAUAUGCGACAUUUGGUGCUGGAAAAGUGCCCAGUGAUAUUCUUCAAGGCUAUGCAGACAAAAGUAUAAUUCUCACUUUAGGGAUUAUAUUCAUAGCAAUCAAAAAUUUUACUACAUAUCCAAUUGUCUUGUAUUGUGGUCGUGAUGCGCUUCUAAGUCUUUUAGGAAUGGACAAUAAUUCUAUUAAAUUUAGAGUUUUUAUUACAUUAAUCUGGUAUAUACUAUCGUUAGUAAUUGCGGUACUAGUGCCAGAUAUUUCACCAGUUAUUAAUUUUCUAGGCGCAUUGUCAGCAGCUUUUAUGUUUAUCUUCCCAGGCAUUUGCCUAUUUCAGAGUACACUUUUGAAAGAUUCAGAACUACAUUUGAAUAAAGAUCGACUGUUAAUAUUUUUUGCAAUUUUUAUUACUGCGCUUGGUGCGUUUAUAUCUGGUGUUGUACUUACAGAAGCAACAGAAGAUUUGAAUAUAAAACCUAACAAUAGUUCAUUAGUAUCUGGAUUUAGACAGUUGAAAGAAAAUCUAUGUACUUAGUAUAUCUUAUAUGAUUUGAGGUUGUAAAAAAUUUUACACAAGAAAAAUUUGUGGAAACUACUAAUAAGCAAAAGAAAAAAUGUUAUAAAUGCUCGUAUAAUAAUUUUAUCAUAAUGUUCUGUGAUUUAUAACUGUUAUAAUUUAGCUAAAUAUUUUAAUAUUCCCUGAUAGAUUGUUUUAAUUAUAAUAGCAAACGGGAAAGACUGAUACAUAUGCAAAUAUAAUGGUAUGUUUAUUAUAUUAUGGUAGAAAAUCUAUAUAAAGACUAAAAUUUAUAAUUUUUUAUUUUUGUACUGUAUUCAUAAAUCUUUAAGACAGAAUGAUAGAAAAUAAUAUUAAAUAAAUAAAAUUUUACAUAAUAUUUUA